GACCUCAGAACACAAAAAUCAUGGUGUCAAAAAUCUCACACUUGCCAAUUUUAAUCCUUCUAUUAUCAGUUUCAUUGACAGCUUCAGCUUCAAUUCAAGAAAGUUUUGUCCAGUGUCUCCAUUUGAACUCGGACAAAACAUAUCCAUUUUAUGCAUCAAUUUACAGUCCAAACAAUGCUUCAUUCACCACCAUCCUUGAUUCCUCUGCUAAUAACCUAAGGUGUUUGUUGCCUUCAGCUCCAAAACCUGAGUUUAUAUUCACACCCUUUGCUGAUUCCCAUGUCCAAGCAGCUGUAAUUUGCUCAAAGAAUCUUGGUAUUCAUCUUAGAGUACGAAGUGGUGGUCAUGACUAUGAAGGAAUCUCAUAUGUUUCUGAAAUUGAAACCCCUUUCAUGGUUGUUGAUUUGGUCAAGCUUCGUGGUAUCAAUGUUGAUAUCAAAACUAACACUGCUUGGAUUCAAGCUGGUGCCACCACUGGUGAAGUCUAUUACAGAAUAUAUGAGAAAAGUUCAGUUCAUGGUUUCCCUGCAGGCCUUUGCCCAAGCAUAGGUAUUGGUGGGCACAUUACAGGAGGUGCAUAUGGAACCAUGAUGAGAAAGUAUGGCCUUGGUGUUGAUAAUGUCCUAGAUGCUAUAAUUGUUGAUGCUAAUGGAAGGAUUCUUGACAGGAAAGCCAUGGGGGAAGACCUAUUUUGGGCAAUUAGAGGAGGUGGAGGUGGAAGCUUUGGUAUCCUUCUUUGGUGGAAGAUAAAGCUGGUUCCUGUGCCACCAACUGUGACAGUUUUUACAGUUACUAAGACCCUAGAGCAAGGUGCAACCAAGCUUCUACAUAGAUGGCAGGAAGUGGCACCUUAUAUUGAUGAGAAUCUCUUUAUUAGAGUCAUCAUUCAACCAGCUAGUUCUGGUAACAAAACUCAGAGAACUAUCACAACUUCUUACAAUGCUGUCUUUCUUGGUGAGGCCAGAGAACUACUCCAAGUUGUGAAGACAAGUUUUCCUGAAUUGGGUUUGACAAGAAAGGAUUGCUUGGAAACAAGCUGGAUCAAAUCUGUGCUCUAUGUUGGAGGCUUUCCAAGUGAUACACCUCCUGAAGUUCUUCUCAAAGGAAAACCAACAUUCAAGAACUACUUCAAAGCCAAAUCAGAUUUUGUAAGAGAACCUAUACCAGAAAUGGGGCUUGAGGGAUUGUGGCAAAGGUUGCUGAUUGAAGACAGCCCCUUGAUGAUUUGGAACCCAUAUGGUGGAAGGAUGAGUGAAUUUUCAGAAUCUGAUACCCCAUUUCCUCACAGAAAUGGAACACUAUACAAAAUCCAGUACUUAUCUUUAUGGCAAGAUGGAGACAAGAAUGCUGCAAAGCAUAUAGAUUGGAUUAGGAAGCUUUACAACUACAUGACUCCUUAUGUGUCUAGCUUCCCCAGGGAAGCAUAUGUGAAUUACAGGGAUCUUGAUUUGGGAAUCAACACCAAGAACAGCACAAGCUACAUACAGGCAAGUUCUUGGGGUAAUAGGUAUUUCAAGAAUAACUUCAACAGGUUGGUAAAGAUAAAGACCAAAGUGGAUCCUGAAAAUGUCUUCAGGCAUGAGCAGAGCAUCCCACCUCUUCCAGUUUGAAUGUAAGAGGCAAGAAAUGCAAGAAAUGGGAAAUAAGGCACUGUGCUGCUAGAAUCAUUAGACUAGUAUAUAUAAAUUGUGAAAGGGUUUAUUAGCUAGUUUAGAGGAAUAAGGAUAUACAUAUAGAUUUGUUACUUUGUUUUUGGUUAUUU